UAUAAACUCAUUUGCAUUCACUAAAAAUUACUGAUUUUUCUUCCCUUUGUCAUCAUGAACUCGCUCUUGAUAUUGACACUUUGUGGUUUAGCUGCCAGUGUUUUUGCAGACCCAUCUUGCAGUGAUAGUGAAGCUAAUAAAUGUGAUAAAUUAGCACCGAGUGACGUUAAGUACGACUUCACAACAUCAUGGCCAGAGACUGCUGAACAACUGGAUUAUGUCUGCCCGGGCUUCCUCAAAAUGAUACAGUGCACCAUAGAUUUCUCUGCAAGAUGUCCAAACACAUUAACAGCUUAUUUAAUAGAUUCUAAUCGAGAAUAUCAAAGGGUUUACUCAAAGAUAUGCUCUGAAUCUGAUCCUGCAAGACAAAAUUUUUUGGAGACUGUACCAUGUUUAAACAAGGAAGUUGAAACAAUAACAAAAUCAUGUGAAGCUACCAUUACCGGUCUGGAAUACUGCGAACUACAGGCUGCCGUUAGCAAAUGCAUCAAAGAUGAGGUUGCUAAGAAAUGUGGAAAAGAGGCAUAUCACGUGUUCAGCAACUUGAUCAAACCAAGAGAAGCUAUAUUUGAAGCAUUCUGCAGAGUCGGAAGAUAAUGUAAACGUUUAAAUAAAUAAAUUUCUAUUGCGAAAA